AAUCUGUGGUAUCUGAUUCUGAUAACUACGGGCUACCUAAAUAUUUUGUUGUUUAUGUAAUUAAUUAAUAUUUUAUUUUGUUGUCGAAUACUGUCGAAAUAUUUAGUUGGUCCGAAAUGAAAGUGAAUUAAAAUAUCUGGAAGAAACACAGACAAUGAGCAUGACUGUAGAAACUGAUUUAGGGCGCUCGCCACUGUCCCGACUUACUAAUGAAUCUCGAAAUUUACUAUCCUCUCUGCUUAACACAAAAAAGAUACUUCCCUGUAUUUGUCCUGAUCAAAUUAAGCGUCACAGAGAUUGGAGGGGAGUAGCAUCACUUGCCAACAUUUCAUCUGAAAUAGCAGCAAGCAUAAAAGAAUACAAUGAUAAGACUGGCAGAGUCUUAGAUUUAUGGAUACAGCGCAGUGAUGGCACAAGUACUGUAGCAAAGUUGCUAGAAAUACUGCGAUGGAUAGACCGAUAUGAUGUUCAUGAUGAUUUGUUGGAACUAGCAAGGAAUAAUCAACUUUUAGCCCAACCUGUAAAUGAUGUGCAGAUUCAUGGUGGUGUACCACAUGUCAGAGGGGACAAUGAAGAAGAUCUCAUUACUUUUGAGGAUAAACAAUUUGGAACACCUCAACAUUAUCAUGCCUUUGUGCUGUAUGCAGAGGAAGACAGUAAUUUUGUUAAAAAUGAACUUCUCACGCGAAUGAGAAAUGAGGGAUUUAGAAUGUGUAUCGAAGAAGACCUUCUGCCGGGACACAAUACCCGAUUUGCUGCCGUGGCUCGUCUAUUGACAGAGAGGUGCCGGAAAAUAAUUCUCAUUUUCUCUCCAGAUUUUCAUGUCAGCCCUGCUCUUAGGUUUUACACAAACUUGGCUCAGGCUGAUGGUAUUGUGAAACGAGAACUGAAGUUACUUCCUAUAGAGCUAGUUCCGACGGUUUUGCCCGCAAACCUGAGGCACUAUUUCUGUCUCAAAUACUCCACAGAAUUGUCCAAGAUCUGUAAUUUUUGGGUGAAGCUCCGAAUGUCUUUGGAAACCAAAGAUUUGCCUAGACUGCACUCGACGUCAUCCACCCAGUCGGCCAUAAACAUCACGGAAAUCACGGAGCACGCUAUCGAAGCUCCUUCGUCUAAGGAUUACUUAGCUCUGCCGAGCGUUCCCAGAACGUCCUCCUCCCUCACCGGUCUAGAUUCCAUCAACAUCGAUUACAAGACACACAUACAGACGCACGACACGAAGUCCCUCUCGCCGUCGAGCGAGAAAAAGAAGAAGAACGGUUAUUUUACGAAUAUUUUUAGUAAGCUCAAAGGUAAGAAGCACAAAAAAGCAAUAAUGCUACCCAACUGAAGAAACUUGGCUUUGAAAUUUCGAUUAUUCCAUUUAUGUUAUUUAGAAUGAUUAAGGUUUAUUAUAGUAUGUUGUGUUGAGAUGCGUUUGAUCUCUCGGUAAAUGCAUUUUGAAAAAAAACUCGUUUGAAGUUAUACUGCGAAACAAGAUAAAAAUGUUUUAUUAAAACGCAUUAUCUGGUGAAAGUUUAUUUAAAAAUCACAAAAGAAUAAUUUCUACAAAAUUAAAACAAUGGACAUUGACUUCAGGGUGUCGGUAUUUCGUGACGGUGUGCGUGCGCAUCGUAAAAACUUACUCAUAUUUUUUAUCUAAAGCGUCAAGAGGUAUAACUUCAAAAAGUUCUGAGCUUACGUAUCGGCGGGUGAUAAUGUUCUAUAAAAUGUUUUCUGGUUGGGCCUGCCUCGUUACUCUGUAAACACGGGGUAGACCUCCUGAUGUUUGAUAAUUCGUUUAAAAACUCAUGUAUUUAAUAAGUAAAUUCUAAAUGUUACCAUUAUAGUUGCAAUAUUUAUCGCUUAUAAAGCAAAUUAAAAAUUACUUGUUAUUUAUUAUUGAAAUUUCGUUUAAUUAUAAUGAAUCUUAUGUUAGAGCACCUAAUCGUUGCGCCAGAAUUAAGUGCGUGCUUAGUGUAUCAUUUCUUUCUGCGCUAAGCAUUUUUUCGAAAAUUUUUAGCUAGACAUUUAUUCAAAUCAACGGUGUAGAAAUUACAAAAGGUGGCAAUUGAAGAUACAAGUGCAUUUAAAUUUAAAAACAUAUCUUCAGACAUUUUGGUUAGAAAAUACAAUAUAUUAAGAUCAAUAAUUCAGCAUUUGAAUAGCUGGUUCACGAAUUUAUCAUAACA